AAGGCAAAGGCCGGUUUCUCUGAGUGGCCAAACAAGCUUCCUACUACACUUCUCGUUCCUUCUUUCCCGGCCCCCAACUCCCGAGUCCCAACAGGCGGAUGACGGGGUGCCAGGUAUGGCGUAAACGUGCGUCUUCCUAGCGUGCGACCCUCGCUCGAUGGACCACUGCCUUGUCGAUCGAGGAGGGUCCCGGAGAGUCCUAGGGGAUGGUUGGAAUAACAGGGUCCAACGCAUGUGAGAGUGUAAUUGGCAUCAUGGCACAGCCUGAAGUUGAUCUGAAUUCUUAAAUACCCUUCGACCCCUCAAUCUCAUCGAGUGUCAUUAUAGCUUAUAGAACCAUCUCAUCAUCAUCCCCAUUCCAACUCAUCUUACAACCAAAAACCACCUCUCAGUCCUCACACAGCAAUCAUGUCUUACGGCGGCAACGACGACUCCAACUACGGUUCCUCCCGCAGGGACAACGAGGACAGCUACGGCACCUCGGGAACCACUGGCGGCUUCGGCUCCUCCACCCGCGACAACGAGGACUCGUACGGCUCCUCGCGCCGUGACAACGACAACGACAACAGCUUUGGCUCCUCCACCCGCCGCGACAAUGACGACUCGUACGGCUCCUCCAACACCGGCCGCAGCGGCAACGACUCCACCUACGGCUCUUCCCGCAACGACAAUGACAACAGCUAUGGCUCAUCGGGCCUGAGCUCGUCUCGCAAGGACAACGACACCUCUGAUAGCUAUGGCUCCUCCCGCAAGACAGACAACGACUCCUAUGGCUCCGGCAACAAGACCUCGUCCUACGGAGACGAUUCCAUCUCCUCCAACCUCGCCGGCGGCGACUCUCUGUCGUACGGCAACACCAGCUCCAGCCGUCGCGACAACGACAACUCGGAUAGCUACGGCUCCUCCGGCAACACGGGCUCCUACGGAUCCUCCCGCAAGGAUAACGAUAACGACAACAGCUACGGCUCCUCCACCACCCGCCGUGACAACGACGACAGCUUCGGAUCGUCAGGUAACACUGGAUCCUACGGCUCCUCCCGUAAGGACAACGACACCUCAGACAGCUACGGCUCAUCCGGCAACACGGGCUCCUACGGAUCCUCCCGCAAGGACAACGAAAACGACAACAGCUACGGAUCCUCUGGCAACACGGGCUCCUACGGCAGCAGCAGGGACAACGAUACCUCUGACUCAUACGGCAGCAACAACAAGAGCGGCGACAGCAAGGUCGGCAAGUUCCUCGAGAAGGCGGGCGACUUGCUCAACAGCGAUAAGCUCGAGUCCAAGGGCCAGUCGAAGCGGGAGAACGCCGGGUACUGAAACAACAACGAUGACUACUAGGUGCUUCUAGUAGCUCUCUCGUGUUUUGUAUCGGGAUGUUUGUGGUGGAAAAUAUUACUCUGUCUUGAAGAGGAUGCUCUUGUGCGGAAGCCCUCUCUCAUCUUUGAUGAUGAUUAUGUACUAGCGAGUUCUGAAUGAAAUAUCAAUACCGUUUGAACAC